AUGUCCCUCUCCCUCGCCUCGCUCUCCCUCACCUCGCGCGCCACCGCGCCUGCCUCGCUCUCCUCUGCGCUCGCCACGCUGCGCAAGCAAUACCCCGCCCUCGAGCCGUACGACUCGGGGCGCCUGGCCGUGUCGAGUGUGGAGAAGGAGGGCGUCAAGCAUGAGAUUCACUGGGAGUGGAGCGGAAGCAAGGACGGCGUGCCUGCCGUCUUUCUCCACGGCGGGCCCGGCGGCGGCGCAGGUGCCGAUGAUCGCCGAUGGUUCGAUCCUUCGCACUACCGCAUCCUCACAUUCGACCAGCGCGGCGCAGGCAAGAGUCUUCCCACAGCCGAGCUGCGCCACAAUACCACAUGGGAUCUAGUGGCGGACAUCGAGAGGCUGCGCUCGCACUUUGGCGUGGACAAGUGGCUGGUGUUUGGCGGCAGUUGGGGCUCUACUCUGUCGCUCGCAUACGCUCAAACACACCCCGCACGAGUCCUUGCGCUCGUCUUGCGUGGCAUCUUCACGCUUCGUCGAUCCGAAUUGCUCUUCUUCUAUCAAGACGGCGCCUCGCAUCUCUUCCCGGAGCAGUUCGCGCCGUACCGCGACCACAUCCCCGAGGCAGAGCGGGGAGACUUGAUCGCGGCGUACUACAAGCGUCUGACGUCUGACGACGAGCCUACGCGCCUGGAGGCGGCGAGGAGAUGGAGCACGUGGGAGAACGCCACGAGCAAGCUGUAUGUGGAUCAGGAGUAUCUGAAGAGGGGAGAGGAUGACAAGUGGGCACUCGCGUUCUCGAGGAUCGAGUGCUCGUUCUUCGAGAAUCGCGGCUGGAUGGAAGACGGGCAAUUGCUGCGUCAAGAGAACGUCGACAAGAUCCGCCAUAUCCCAACAACAAUCGUGCAAGGGCGCUACGACGUCGUGUGCCCCUGCACCACGGCGUUUGAGCUGCACAAGCAGAUGCCAGAGGCCCACUUCAUCCUCGUCCCCGACGCCGGACACUCGGCCAAGGAGCCCGGCAUCACGCAUCACCUGGUCGAGGCGACGGAUCGCUAUCGAAGCAUUGCGGCCAAGUAGAGUAGCGGAAGGCAGAAGGGAGGGGCCAGGUUGGAGGUGGCGACGGAGCGGGGCAAGAGAGACGCAAGCGGCUACGACGGGCGAAUGGGAUGAUUCAUUUGAAGAAGCCUCGGUGGGCCAGAGCACACGGGGAUGCAUGCGAGGAAGAGAGAGAGAGAGAGAGG